UUGCAGGUUUCGUUCUUGUACGUUGGCUAUUCCUUUCAAAAGCUUAACCCUCUGAGUGUUCUCGUAACUCGGGCGUACUAGGCUUUCGAAGUAAUCUAUCAACGGAAUUUGUUCGUGCCGCAGGGAUAUGAAGAUUAAAAGUUCUCUCCGUGCUCUGUCGGAGAUGUUGGAGUAUCUCCUCGAGACUGCGAGAAUUUCUCCUACAGAUGGCGGAAUGGUAAAAGAUGGAUUGGGUGAGAGCGAGUGCGUCGUUUAUGUCGAGGAUGAUAUCCUCGAUCGGAUCAAUUGGUGAAGACGAAGCAGAGGAGUCUUGAUACAACUCAGUGAUCUGUUCGACCGUUCCUUCCACGUCUGG